UAAUAGCUAGGCUAACCGAAAUUCCUCCCUCACUAAGUGAAAAAGGAAGGGCAGAAAUGAGGAAAAUGAAAGCAAUAAAUGACAUAUCGAAGGACAUUUAUCUAGUUUCCAGAAAGGGAUGCAACUCAUCUUGGAAGAACAGAGCUUGAAGUCAAUCCAUGGUCAACAAGAGAAAUCUCCCAUUCUUAUGACGCCAACUUAAUCCUAGUUUUGGCUUUUGACGAUGCGCGAGAGCAACUCAGCAGGAGAAGACGUGACUAACUUCUUCCUUGAACAACAACACAACCACAUUUGCAAUGAAGGCUGGGGGGGAAAAAAAAGGGAGAUGAAACAAUGACGAGGCCAUGAUGGGGACCAAAAGCAACUCCGACGAAGCUGGGGAAUACGCCCAGGUGUGAUUUGAAUGGAGAGUCUUCUCCCCCCCCCCCCAUGGGGGAUUGUGAGGAGGCACCCCAGAAAUAUUGUUGACAGGCGCCGUUGCUUCUGAGCGCAUGGGAAAGGAUGCAAAAGCAGUGGAGAAAUGAGCAUGCUCACAUUUGGCCACCGAGCACAGUUUGUCUUAUCCCUCCACAAUAUCUCUCCUUCCUCCUCCUCUUCCUCCUCCUCUUUGGGAUCUCUCUCUCUCUAGAUGUCUGCUACGUUCGGAGGUGCCGGAAUUUUGGAACCGAUAAAUGAGGGCCUGUUGUCUAGAAUCUCGGAUCUCUUGCUGUGCCGAUGGACCUGUCGCAAUUGUUGUCAGAAGUGCUACGAGUGCAGCUGUUGCCAGUCCAACGAAGACGAAGUGGAAAUCCUGGGGCCUUUUCCAGCCCAAACCCCUCCCUGGUUGCUGAGCAAUCGGAGUGAAGACAAAAAUGGCAACUCGGAUAACCCAACGAGUGAACCAUCACCAACCCCUCAGAACGUUUCACUGGACAGACGACGGUCGUCCACCGACACCUCCCCGUCCGCUUACAGCCUUACAAGACGAAUUUCGAGUCUAGAGCUGAGGAGGCCAAGUUCUCCCCUUGUUGAUAUCAAACCCAUCGAGUUUGGAAUCCUAGGCUCCAAAAAGGAGAUUGUCCAGCCGGGCUUCCUAAAGAAAACCUACACUCCAGACGAUUAUUUUAGGAAAUUUGAGCCCAGACUCUAUUCCCUCGAUUCAAAUAGCGACGAUGUGGAUUCGUUGACCGACGAAGAGAUCGUAGCCAAGUACCAGCUGGGGAUGCUACAUUUUAGCACACAAUACGACCUCUUGCACAACUAUCUGAUCGUUCGGGUCAUCGAAGCCAAGGACCUGCCUCCUCCCAUCUCCUACGAUGGCGCCAGGCAAGAUAUGGCCCACUCUAAUCCCUACGUGAAGAUCUGUCUCCUUCCCGACCAGAAGAACUCCAAGCAGACGGGGGUCAAACGCAAGACCCAGAACCCCAUCUUCGAAGAGAGGUACAUGUUUGACAUCCCGUUUUUGGAAGCCCAGAGAAGGACUCUGCUCUUGACGGUGGUGGAUUUUGACAAAUUCUCACGCCAUUGUGUCAUCGGGAAGGUGUCCAUGCCGUUGAGCGAGGUGGACCUCGUGAAGGGCGGCCAUUGGUGGAAAGCUCUGGUCCCUAGUGCUCAGAACGAAGUUGAGCUGGGAGAGCUUUUGCUCUCAUUAAAUUACCUUCCCAGUGCCGGGAGACUCAAUGUGGACAUAAUUAGAGCAAAGCAGUUACUGCAGACUGAUAUGAGCCAAGGUUCAGAUCCUUUUGUGAAAAUCCAGCUUGUUCAUGGGUUAAAACUGGCAAAGACCAAGAAGACAUCUUGCAUGAAGGCUACCAUUGACCCCUUCUACAACGAGUCCUUCAGCUUCAAGGUUGCCCAAGAAGAACUGGAAAACACUAGCCUGGUUUUCACAGUCUACGGCCACAACGUGAAAAGCAGCAACGACUUCAUCGGGAGAAUUGUCAUCGGCCAGUAUUCAACCGGUUCCUCGGAGUCCAAGCACUGGCGGAGGAUGCUCACGUCUCACCGUACCGCCAUCGAGCAGUGGCACAGCCUCCGUUCGCGAGCCGAGUGCGACCGUGUCUCCCCGGCUUCCCUGGAGGUGACGUGAGCCGUCAAGGCUCCUCCAGAUGCCUGCCAGACCAGUUUCCCCACAUGCACGCCGUUACAAGUCCAUCGCCUUUGGAUUUACCAUCCACAACUGUUGGCAACCCAACGUUUGCCAUCGAUCACCCAGUUUUGGUCAUCGUCGAGUCUCGCCUCCCAAGUUUUUAGUUGUCUCAGGUGCAUAGAUGCACCACCCUUAUCCAAGAUGCUCUUGUCAACGUUGGGGAAGGAGGUGUGGGCUUUUGGAAAGAUGCUCAUGGUUUGGAGGUCUCCUUUAGUUGCCACCUGGCAUUGCCAUCUAGGGCAGAUCAUUAGCCGUAAAAAAAUAAAUGCUGGGCUACACGGACAUUUUUCUGUCCUUAUUGCUCCACCGUAACUCUCCAUCGUUGUCUUAGACAAUGUCAAUUCCCUCGUGUGCUCUCUUUGCUGAAUGUCCGGUAAACCAGCUAGAAGCUCCGAUGGUAUUUUAGCGGUUAGAGCAUAGAGGUGAAACCUGUAGCGUCUAAACCCCCAUCUUUUGUUCUUGUGGUGGCUUAAUAAAAUACCACGUGUAGCUUCUGUGUCUCAAGUGGUCCAUCUGGGUGAUGGCCAAUGGAGGCCGAAAGGGUCUUUCCACCCACCAGCACUCUUGUUUGUCCUACAUUUCAUCCGACGGAUCCCACACUCUUACUUUGAAAAGCCAGAGUGGAUCUCCGCAGGGGUUGAGAAUGGGUGAGUCACAUGGAUUUCCUGGAGGAACCAACGUAGGUUGGAAGGAAGGCGGGAACCCAUGUGUGUGCGAUGAAGCAUCGGAAGAUUUCGGUCUGGAAAUGUACAUUUCAUCAUACCCGCGACACACGUAUGGCCAUGAGUGAACGGGAAUGAAAAGCUGAUGAAAAAUUCUGGACAAAUGUUUUUUUUUUGUUUUUUUUUAACCAUCUGUUGUUUUGAACCUCUGGGCCAAUUCGACUCGAGCGAAGAUGGUACUUGAGUUUCAAAAACCGAUCUUUACUCUCUCGUCUUUGGAUUACAGUAUAAUUAGCGGCACCGGGACUUCAGCUUAUGACGAGCUUUUGACUCAUUCCCCUGCUGGAACAAUUAAAAAAAAAAAGUGGCUUAAAUUUGGGGAAAUGAUGCUUAGUUAGUUGCCAAACGGUCCAAAAAAUUACAGGUAAUCCUUGACUUAUGACUGAGACUAGAAUUUAUGUUGCUAAGUAAGGCAUUAUCAAGGGAAUCAGGCAGUGGUGAAAUCUAAAUUUCUUUCCUAUCGGUUCUG